AUGUGUCUCUCUGUCGGACUUCUCUUCACCCAAGCCAACAAGAAGCGCAGCAAGAAGUCGCAGCCGGGCGGUAACCCUGCCGAUGGCCCUCCCGCCGGAAACCCCGCCGAUGCUCCUCGUCCCGCGGGCCCUUCCCCCCCAGGGCGGCUCUGCCCCCGCGCCUCCCUACCAAGACAAAUAGAUGAUCGACAUCACACCAUCCACAUGGCAGUUGUCGAGAUUGUUAGUACCUCGACCCCAAUACUUGAAGAACAGCGCUGA